AACCAAACCAAACUUUCAUGAUUCCCUAUUUUAUUUCCAUGUGCACAACAAACCAAAGCAUUAUAGGUCAAAAAUUAAAUGGGUCUGCCUAUUUACUAACCCAAAACAUUUUGGACAGCUACUAGACUUUAGGAUUACGUACAAUACCAUCACAAUCACCUCAAACUAUGUAUAGUUUAAGUGUUUUGUUGGAGAGCUUUAACUUACUGAUGAGUGGUAUUGGUAUGUAUUUGAUAUUUAUGUUAAGGGUUUGUUGUAAGCUAACUAUAUUAGGUGCAAAGAUGAUGAAUGGUGUAUUAACUCGAAUGGUUAAGACAUUUUAUUCUGUGGUUAAUGAAAUUUAGACUUAAUUGGUUUGGUAUUACCACGGUAACCAUUUGAAACACCCCUAAAUUUUUAAAUACCCCUAUAAGCUGAAAGUCUGGCUGCACCACUAAUUAUCAUAUUAACCCCUUUUGUUCUUUCUCACAAGUUGUGAUAUAUGUAGCUUUUUAGAUAAUCAUUACAUUAGUCAAACCUUAAAACUCUAAAAUAAGACCACAAUAUGCAAUUACGCGGUACCAAAUUACUCUAAAAUAAGACCACAAUAUGGUCAAACAAACAAUCAAGUUCAAUUCUAGCUGCUCAAAUGACGCAUAUAUUUUAUAUUACAAUGUUUGCUAAGCUGAGCGGUAGGUGGGAGAUCCAGACAUAACGCAAGUUGUUAUUUAUGUAAACGUCCUGUCUAGCUAGCUAGCUUAUUCGUUCGAUCAUCCCCAAUUUCGGAUUAGAAGAUAUUAGCCAGCUAGCUUAGCAUGGUUCGUCUCUUUGAUUUCAAGUCAGACAAGCACUUCGUUGCUUCCUCCGACGGAACUAACCUCAAAGUCUAUCAAUUGAGCCACCCUAUUGCUUCUCCUUCUUCCAUUCGAAAGACUCAUUGGAGGGAAAUCGUCAGUAUCAUCUGUUCUCGUGACGAUGCAUCUGCUGAGAGCCAACUGCAGGAGCACUGCUAUGACGGGUUGCUGUUCUUUGAUGGCCAUGGGAAGAUAGAGGGGCGGGAGGCGUUGACCAAGCUAGCCCAACACCUCACACGUCUACACUUGAUGGUGAGCCCCGGAGGAUACUGUUUCCAAGAUGCCGGCGAGCUAGGUGAGUACAAGGACUUUGGGGUUCACUACCUGCGAUUGAAUGAUCAGUUCGAUUGGUCUCGUCAUGGCGUUAACCUCGCCACGGCGACCAUCGUGUGGCCGCGAUUGAAGUUGAAGUACGUCGUACCAAAGCAAGGGAGACCAGCCACCGUGGAGGGAGGAGUGAGCAAGGAGAAGUAUGCCGAGUUGAAGACGUUGGUGAAAGAGAAGGACAAGGAGUUGGAGAAGUUGAGGGAGGAGCUCCAGAAGCUGCAGAAGCUGAGCGAAGAAAGAGACGAGGAGUUGCAAAACUUAAGGGAGGAGAUGGAGAAAGCAAGUGAAGCGAAGGAUGGCGAACUCGAAGAGCUUAGAGAAAAACUAUCCUCAAGUUUAGCCGACAUGGCACGCGUCAAGGAAGAACUAGAGCAAUGCUGUGAGAAUUCAUGGUCGGAUUCAGCUAGGAAAAGUACAUUCUUCUUGGCGAGUCAGCUCUCAAAGAACCAGGAGGAGUGGCAAAUCCACUCAAGGCAAAGACGCCCCGUGCCACCAGAAACGUUCCGAUGUGGAGGCAUCGAUAUGUUCUCUGGGUGCCGUUAUUUUUACGUGCCCAAGAUGAGGGAUGGACAGCUAGAUCCAUUUUAUGAAAUAGUUUUUUUGGUGGACGAGGAGAUGACUGCAAGGUCGUUGCUGCCGCCAUUGGUGCACGUCGAAACUCGCGUUGUUGGGCAAUUCGACGUGAACAAUUGGUGGUUUACGAAAGCACUUCAUCCCGAAGGUGGGGUGACGAUGUUGGCGUACUAUGACGGUCAUCGGGAUCACGUUCGGGAUCACGUUCGGCUGCCGUAUUCCAAGAAUGAAGAUUUUUAUGCGGACCGGAGGUUUUUCUUUGUUCGUAUCGGCAACGAAAGAAGAUUGGCCUUCGCCUAUCGAGUAUAGAUCGACCAUUGUGACUAGGAUCAAAAUGUAAUUUAAUCUUCGGUUCGCAAAUGUAUUUUUUUUUUUUUUGGAUUGAAAUUGAAUGUUUGAAUCAUGCAAGAUUAUUGUAUCUCGAUUCUCGAACCCCGUAACCUGUAACCGCUUGUUGGUAUAAAUGCAUGUACCAAUAUAAAAUUUUGGAUCGGUGCAAAUUUAUAAGGUUUAAUUAAUUCUUUAACAUGCAUUUCUCGACCCGUAAUGUAUAAGUAUGAAGCUGGGCAUCUUGAACUCUAAAGUCUAGCCUGGAGCCUUAAAUGGCUGAAAUGCAAUAAUGGGCCUGAAAGUCAGGCCGAAAAUCCAGACUUCAAUUAUGAUCCCAAAUUCCCAACCUAGCCCACGUUGAUCCGUAAACACCAUUGUUGUGGUCUAUGGAGAUAUUCGCAGCCUGGGGUGAAUUGCAAACUUGGUCACUCAUAUUACUCAUUUAUAACACUUUAGCCACCCAAAUUAAAAAUCAUUCAAGUUAGCCACCAAUACUACAUGUUUAUGUCAUAUUUGGUCACUUGUCGUCUAGUUCCGUUAAGUCUGUCCUACGUGGCAGUCAAUAAAUAGGUUUGACCAUU